UUCAAAAGACAUGUAGGGCUUGCUUGAUUAACGAAUUCUCCAUCCGCGAGAGAGAGCUUUGGAAAUUAUCGUGAAAGAAAUUGGAGAAGAGGGAAAGGGAUUAGGGCAGAGGAGAAAAUGGAAGCGGAGGGAGGAGAUGAAGGAAUAGAGAUGGUGGUGGACUCCAAGGACCUGCAGCAGCAGAGCAAAGCCCUCGACAAGCUCACUGACCGAGUCGAGGAUCGUCAACUCGACUCCACCCGGGUUCAGGAGGCUAUGGCGUCAAUUGCUGCAUCCAAAGAAGCUGAUCUUCAAGCCAUGAGAUUGAGGGAAAAGGAAUUAGCUGCAGUCAAGAUUAAUCCAGAACAUGUUGAUAUAAUUGCCAAUGAACUAGAGCUGGACAAGAAGGUGGCUGAAAGGACUUUGCGUGAGCACAAAGGUGAUCCUGUUGCUGCCAUUCGAGCUUUGCUUAACUAAAUGCUGCCAUUCGAGCUUCAAAGACGAGUUUACUGGAUCCUGCUGGCUUUUCUUACUUGUGUUUGGGGCCAUUACGGGACUUGAGCAUGCUUUCAAUCUCUCAAGUGUCCGUGCUUAGCUGUGCAUUUCCUGCUUGUAAAAUUGUGCCGCAAUAUCGGUGAAAUUUAUGCUCUGAGAUUUUGUUUUUUGUCAAUUAGUACUUGUUUAUUUUAGUUGAUUUCUCUUUUUCAUGUAAUGAGAAACCCGGUGAAAGGCAUUCCAAUCACUCGGGUCAUCAACCUGCACUUUUUAACAAUUUAUCAAGAAUAGAGACGAUAAGGGUCAUCAUUCAACUGGCA